AUGGCAGCCCGUAGGACAGUUUGGCUUCAGAGCAUAAUUGAAAAGCCUUUGAUAACAGAGGUGGAAGUAGUGCAGAAGUCCCGCUUCAUCCUGCUCCACUACAGUAUGUCCAAAGUCCUGUGGGACUGGUUAAUCCUUAUAGCCACUUUCUACGUGGCUGUCAUCGUGCCCUACAACAUCAGCUUCACUAUAUACGAUGAAACCGCCGUAGAAACACACUCCACUGUCGCUACUGAUGUUGUCGUGGAAUUUCUCUUUAUUAUCGACAUUAUCCUGAGCUUCCGCACCACCUAUAUCAACCAGUCAGGGAAGGUGGUGUAUGACUCACGCUCCAUUAGCAAACACUACGCCACCACCUGGUUCUUAGUGGACCUGGCUGCUUCCCUGCCCAUUGAUCUGCUGUAUGCCGCCCACAUCCCAAUGACCUCCUUCACCCACCUGCUCAAGACGGUACGCCUGCUGCGUCUCCUUCGUCUGCUUCAGAAAGUGGAUCGCUACUCUAAGUACAGCGCCAUGGUGCUGACCUUGCUAAUGUCUAUGUUUGCCCUGCUGGCACACUGGAUGGCCUGCAUCUGGUACACGAUUGGACACAAGGAGAUGGAGGACAGUAAGACCUGGCACAUUGGGUGGCUCAGUGAGCUGGGCAAACGUAUGGAGACUCCCUACACCAACAGCACGGUGGGUGGCCCGACGGCGUACAAUGCCUACAUCACCGCCCUUUACUUUGCCCUGAGCAGCCUGACCACUGUGGGCUUUGGCAAUGUCUCUGCCAACACCGAUGCUGAAAUGAUCUUCUCCAUCUGCACCAUGCUUGUCAGUGUGCUGAUGUACGCCCUGGUGUUCGGUAACAUUUCGGCCAUCAUCCAGCGUACGUACUCACGACAUUCUCUCUACCACACACGCAUGAAGGAACUAAAGGACUUUAUGCGUAUCCACCAUCUGCCCCACCAGUUAAAACAACGCAUUAUGGAGUACUUCGAGACUACAUGGUCGGUCAAUAAUGGUAUAGAUGUCAACAAGCUCCUGCAUGACUUCCCUUUUGAGCUGCGGGCUGACAUCGCCAUGCAGCGGAAUCAGGACAUCAUCCAGCUGCAGGUUUUUAGGGGGGCCAGUCGUGGUUGUCUGCGCUCAAUCUCCCUCCACAUAAAAAACUCCUUCUGUGUCCCCGGGGAGUACCUCAUCUGUCAGGACGACGUGCUGCGAGCCAUCUACUAUGUCUGCUCUGGGUCUCUGGAAGUGCUGAAAGAUACGAUGGUGCUGGAAAGAUUAGAAGCAGGGAACCUGAUUGGAUCUGACCUUCCUGAAACAGACCAGGUCAUCAAGACCAAUGCUGAUGUUAAGGCGCUGACAUACUGUCACAUUCAGUAUAUCAGUGUGCGUGACCUGAAAGAUGUGCUGGUUCUCUACCCCGAGUAUGCCAGUGUGUUUGCCUCACACAUCCAAGACAACCUCACCUACAACCUGCGUGAGGACAGCCAGGAUGAGAAACCCAGGCUCCCCUCUAUUGUGGAAACACAAGGGGAUGAGUCUGACAACUCCGUCCACCUCCCUCCAGCAACACGCUCCCAUUGCAAUCACCUGCUGACCAGCUGCAGCAGCCUUGUUGGCCUUCACAGGCAGAGCUCAACCCCUCAGUCACCGUCAAAAAAAGAGAACAGCACCGCCCAGGGAGAGUCAGCGGCUGAGCAAAAGCCUUCACAGCGGCUUAUCCCAACUGUCACCUGCUUUGGACCCCCAGAUCUUGGUCCCAGGGUUGUGGAGAGAACUGAAGACCAUGGACACAUGUUCCAUUUCAACAUGGAGCGCACCGGGCCUAGGGCCAGUACAGGAGGCAGCACCCACGAGUCCACUCAGGCUAAUGUUACUCUGCUGCUGGAGCCGGAGGAGGUCGGACAGAUCAUUAGUCAACUCAACAACAAGAUUGAAAACCUAAAUCAGGAUUUGUAUGAACUCACCAGAGGCCGGUACCACCAGAUGCAUCUCCUCCACACCCACGCAUCUGUGCAUCACUACAGAGACUCCCACGACUCAUACCCAAAUGGUGUCCAGGCCUCCCACAGCCCCCCAACACAGUCCACAAUCCUUUAACCACCUCCACAACGAUCCUAGGAGCCAUGAAAGUGCAAGCCAGACCCUCAUCAGCCAGUCCCAGCUCACUUUGUGCCUGCAGCCUCCCUGUGAUGGUGAUGAAUACUAUAGCCUUUCGUCCAGUGCCCCUACAAGUAGGCAUACAUCCACACACAGCCUGCAAGACUCAUCAUCCAA